AUGUCGACUGAGAUGCAGCAGGACGCCUCUGCCAAGCGAGCUACCAGCGAGAAGAAGAUCGACCUCAUUGGGGACCGUCUCGUCAGCAUCGAGAAGCUGUUGAAGCAACAGCAUGGACGUCAGCCAGAGAAUGAGAACCCUACUCGAUCGGCGGAAUCCCUGUUGACGCCAUCGUCAAUUACCACAGCCACCGCCUCACCGAACUCAUCGAACGUGGAUGCCACUUUUGGGGCUGCCACAGCAGGCACUCAUUCUGCAGCUGCAAGCACCACGAUCGAACAGGCUGUUGGGAAAAGUCCUGGUGUAUAUCAGGAUGCUGAGCUUGCCACUGCUUUGGCCUCGCUGAAGGACAUGGUCAGCCAAGUUGAUGAAGCUCCCAGCUCGACAGACCUCUCGAGCUUCCAGCAAGAACGGGGUGACUGCGCCGCUCCCACGGAAGUGGAGAUCACGCAACUCCAGGCGCAUUUCGGGGGCAGUAUCACACUUGCGUUCAGCCCCGGCCUGACUGUGGCAGAGCUCAAGGACAAAUGCGACAGUGUUUUCAAGUACACCACACCACGAACAACCAUCAGACGCCUUUAUGUGUAUGGAGUACUGCGAUUCCUGUGCCAGGAGCGAGGUGGACUUGAUGGGGAUCCGGCAUUUGCGCAGCGCUGCAAAGAUUUGAGCAGAUUCUUCACUGCUAAGAUUGGUGAGGCCUUGGGGGAUCUGAGAAUGAUCGUACCAGCGACUGCAGAGGCAGCUGCGGCGUUGAUCAUGGUGGCCGGCUCUGCCGAAUCGCCCUAUAAGCCUCAUCUAGCAAGGACCCUCAGCUCGCACGCCGCAUCCAUUGUGCUCUCGCUUGGCUACCACCGAAUUUCAACGAUGCAAUCAGACCCAGAGCCCGUCCGACAGAGCAAAAUCUUGCUAUUUUGGAUGGUAUAUUGGGUCGACUCCAGCUUCUCCAUUCAUCUAGGCCGCGAACCCGUCAUCCGCCACUACGACGUCACAGUGCCAAGGAUAUCACAUGGCUCGGUCCUCCCAAGCAGCUUCGUUGACGCUUUCAACUACUGCAUUCGCGUCAGCAGCCUGAAAUGUCAAAUUGUGGAGCAGCUCUACAGCCCUUUGGCUUUGCAGCAACCUCUUAAUGAUCGCAGAAAGCGCGCCUCGAAACUCAUGGAGCAAAUCAAUGAGGUCUGGGCUUUGCGUGAAGGGGCGCCAGCUUCCGUCGCUGAUGACAUUGAUGCCGACCACGUCAGCCUCUAUAUCCUUAUGAGAACAUCGGACGCCGUGUCGCACUACAGUACGAUUGCCCUCAUUCAACAUGCAACGAUAUCUUCCGCGAGCGAGGAGUCUCCGGCACUUGACUCCGCUCGAAAGGCUCUGAAUCUAAACAUCGAUGCAUGGCGGCUGUACGGCCAUUUUCCGGAUUUCAUCUGGUCAGGCCAUUGCUACUGGACGUUGCUAAAAGCUCCACUAACUCCUUUCACCGUCGUUUUCGGUCAUAUCAUAGCUCAUCCCUUCAAUACCCACGACGACCUCCAGCUGCUUGCCGAUUGGGUCGAGACGUUGAAGCAGCUGCGGCGUUUUUCUGGAGGCAUGGUCAAGCUGCACAAACUUUGCGACAUCUUCUGCAAAGUCGCCGCCCUGUAUGUAAGAGCGAAGGGAAACGAGACCUCCACUAUUCGCUCCACCAACGGCGCUUGGGUGGUCAAUGCAGACAGCCAUAUGCUGGCUCCUCAGUAUCAGGACCAUGCAUAUAACAACGCAGCUACCAUGGACUUCGACUCCGACUGGAUAGGGCAGCCAGCAGUCAACGACAUUGACCAGUACCUUUCAACCUUUGGACUUGCGCCUACCGGCACUGCAAACGGUUACGGCAUGUCUGGUGGAGACUUCGAUCCGAGCUUCUUGAAUGACUGGUAUCAGGCAAACGGGUCAUUGAUGGGCUUUCUGGAGCAGGACUUGUUGUUUCCAGAAGGACAAAUGGGAGACUUUGUGCCUGGUGCUCCGGGAUGA